AUGAUUGACACUGUCCUCAAUUUUAUAAGCAUCUUCUGGCUCUUCACAGAAAGCGAUUUUCUCACAUUCAUUAGCCCAGUCAGUGCUUUUGGGAUUCUCGGAGCUCUAUCCGGGCCACUCCUCUUGCAAAAUGCCGAUGAACCUCUCAAAGUGAUUUAUCGAUCUCCGCUGGUUCUGAUCUUUAACUGGAGUAAUUCGUUUAUAUUUGCCUUGGCAAACCAGCGACUACCGGAGUCUGUUGAAGAAGAUCGAUUAAACAAACCACGCAGACCUCUUCCUUCGGGCCGAAUAACGCCGCUCGGUGCACGUCGAAUUCUUCUCGUUUCAUUACCUGUUGUGCUUUUUAUUAACUAUAUCUUGGGGCCCUGGGUUGAAACAUCCCUGCUGUUUACUCUGAAUUGGAUGUACAACGAUCUAGGUGGUGGUGAUGAAGAUUUCGUUCUUAGAAACAUCAUCAUUGGUAUCGCAUUUGGUCUAUAUAAUGCGGGCUCCCUCAAGAUUGCGGGUGGAGCCGGCUCAAUUAUCAACAACCAAGACAUCAUUUGGAUCGGAAUUAUUAGUUCUGUGAUCUUUACGACCAUGCAUGCGCAGGAUUUAAAAGACCAAAAAGGUGAUCAGAGCCGAGGAAGAAGGACAGCCCCAAUUGUUUUGGGUGAUCUUUUCGCUCGGCAUACUAUUGCGAUUCCGAUUGCUAUCUGGUCCAUUGUUUGUCCAUUAUUUUGGCAGUUAGACUUUGAAGGAUGUGCUCUCACCGUGCCGUUAGGUGCAUAUAUCAUCUGGUGUCUUUAUGCAGAUAGAACCUUAAAGGGAGAUUGGAGAUCAUGA